GGCAGCAUGUUCCGGCUGCUGCGCGAGGGCGAGCCCGAGGACCCGCUCUUCGCCAUGGACCCCUUCGCUAUCCACCGGCAGCACAUGAGCCGCAUGCUCUCCGGGAGCUUCGGCUUCGGGCCGCUGCUCGGCAUCACGGACGGCUCGGCGCCCGGCGCCCGCCAGGGCGGGCGCAGGAUGCAGCAGGCAGGAGCUGUCUCACCCUUUGGAAUGCUGGGCAUGGCAGGUGGCUUCAUGGAUAUGUUUGGAAUGAUGAAUGACAUGAUUGGAAAUAUGGAGCACAUGACAAGUGGAGGCAACUGCCAGACAUUCACUUCCUCAACUGUCAUCUCCUAUUCCAACCUGGGUGAUGGGCCCAAAGUCUACCAGGAGACCUCGGAGAUGCGUUCGGCGCCGGGCGGGAUCCGUGAGACUAGGCGGACUGUGAGGGAUUCGGACAGCGGCCUGGAGCAAAUGUCCAUCGGGCACCACAUCAGGGAGCGGGCCCACAUCAUGCAGCGAUCCCGGAACCAUCGUACGGGUGACCAGGAGGAGAGGCAGGACUACAUCAACAUGGAUGAAAGCGACGCGGCCGCCUUUGAUGACGAAUGGAGGCGAGAGACGUCCCGGUUCCGGCCGCAGCGGGGCCUGGAGUAUCGGCGCCACGACGGCAGCGGCGGCCGCCGGGCCGAGGGCGCUCGUCUCGCCAUCCAGGGCCCGGAGGAUUCCCCUUCCAGACAGUCCCGUCGCUACGACUGGUGAAGGCAGAGCAGACUUUGUGGGGGGUGCCGUGUUGUCACCCCCAAAUCUACCUGCACACUCUUGUAAGUCUUAACAACGUUUGCCCGUCUUCCGCUGCAUGGGUGCCUCUUAGCCAGAUGAGUUUUCCCUUUGUUGUCCCAGUCUCAUACUGUUCUGCCGUUUGGGCUGGAAAUGGAUGUUCCCACAAAAAUCUGGAGAGCAGAGAAGAUGAGGGGGUUUGAAUGGGGAAGGUGGAAGCUCUUUARGUGAGCUUUGUCUUCAAGGGAGGAAAAGUGUGGCAUCAGCCUCAGCUGGUAGCAGAAAUGCUUGGUGUUUGCGUGGGAAUCGCGUUCUGUGGCAACGAGCUGAUGUCCUUGUGCGGAACUAGGAGCCCAUCUGUAGUCCACCAGCUUUUAAAGGUGGAAUCCAGAUGGGUUUAGGAAGGGCAGACAGUUGCUGGUGUCACUCUCCUGUGUUUUGAAUUGGGUUCACUAGGCUGUGGUCUAGUGCUUGGAACUGGGGAUUUGUUUCCGCUCCUUAAACUUCAGGCUUAAACUUGUCUUCGUCUUCUGUGCCGCCUUCUAACCACCGCUGACUCUUUAUAUUCUCCCUUUGUUUCCCUUACUCCCAGGUACAGUGAAACUCUGCAGCCCCUUCAAAGCACCACUUGGACCCUCCUCAAAUUUAAUAUUAACCCCCCCCUCCCUCCACCUUUAAGAAUCRAAACAAAGCAACUAACCUGCACUGCUCCUCUUGCCCGCUUCGGGCGCCGCCGCGGGGCAGGGAGGAUCUCACUGGCAGUCGUGGCCCGUCCCCUUCCCGCUCUCCCUCGGUUCUGUUCUUUCUGCCAUUAGUGGUGGGCAUGAGAAGCUGCUGCCUUCCUCUUCCAUACUUCCCACUCUCUCUGUGCUGGGUGAGGCUGGUUCUGAAGUUGGUGUCUAGUCCCCCGUGAAGCAAAAGAAGAAAUUCUGCUAGAACCCUGUUAAUCCCCUCGCUGGGGCAAAGGCUUCUGUUGCCCUCCUGCUCCUUGGUGCAGCUGUGGAGAAGCAGCAGGAUGUGUGUGGUAGGGAAGGGAGGAACAGAAAAAAAAGCUGGACCAGCCUUUCGUCCCCCGGCCCCUAUUCAGCGAGCUCRCCCUCUUUUUUUAA